GACUGAGAAAGCGAACGAGGAGGGUUGAACACCGCCAUCCAGUGGCCGUCUAGGCCGUCACCGCCAUCGCCCUUUACAAGUCGCAGGCUUUUGGUGGUCGUCUCAACGACAUUCGCGGGGGCAACGAGAAUGUCAUCAAGCCACACCUUGCAUUCGGACGAAGAGGAGUUCAUGCUCUUUAUCGACUCUCAUGCCUACAUGGACGAGACAAUGGCGGAGGAAUGCCUAGAACUCCGCAUCGCGAUCAACGAGUUCUGGACAUUCUACAGGAGGAUCAACACGCAUCUUCCCAACAACAUGUGGGAGAUUCCCCACUCCACAGACCUCGCCAACGCCAUUGAGGCGUAUUUCAACACUCGGCUUCAAUAUGGGCCAGAGGAGAAGGCAUCAACCGUCCGACGCUGGGCACUUUGCGUACUCUGCCUGGCAGAGUAUCACAUUCUGGGAGGCGACCCCGAGACCAAUGGCGUGCGCGCUGCGUUUGACGGUGUUACUCCCAGCGGAGAGGACUCGCUCGGUCAACUCAUCGUAAAGCAGGUUGUGCCGAUCAUAAUCCGCCGCCAUCGCCUUCCAGACCGCCCGGAGCGACUUGAAUUCUACGGACCAUCAGAAGCCACGCUCGUUGUCCGGCAUCUCGAGAGUGAGGUGUUGGCCAAUCCCAAGGACGCCGUUGAGCUUCUUCAGAUGAAGGCGUUGAAUCAGCUCUGUUUGUCUGUCGGCCCCAGGACCUGCUCUCUGCUUGAGAGCUCAUACGCGUUCAUGCGUUGCGGCAAUACGCGGAAGUUUCUGAGCCACGGGUGCCUAACCAUUCAUCAAGACCCCCGGAACUACUACACGGUUGAAGUCAACGUGGAGCAUCUCAAACUCUACGACGGUACGGUCGACACCUCAGUCAACUUCAGCCCUCGCAUCCCCCCUGUGACUAAGCCUGGAAACCUCCUGUUGGAGUUCGCAUCGAGCCUGAUUCCACUGGCGAUUCACCGCAAAUCCCUGUACACCGUUCGCAAAGGCACCAAACACUUCUUCCACACACUGGAAGACUUCCGCGACGCAACGGACAAGACCUUCUACCUCAGCGAACCGCACUUCCCAUUCUUUCGAGAAGUCGACGAGCAUGGCCAGCUUUCAAAUGAGGCUCUCUCGUACGAUACGGCGGCCAAGCACACAGAGAUAACGGCACUCUGCAUCAAUCUGCCGGCUUCAAAGCUCAAGAACUACCGCACAUACGUCGGCGACCUCGCUGAUUCUGUCUGGGGUAGCAAGACCCAAUAUCUUGUCAUCAACCUCGGAACCCCUGGCGAUGCUGGCCCGGCUUCGACUUCGAUCGCGGACAUUCCCGUUGCCGCAGCAGUUCUAGAGGAGUACGACUUGUUGCCCAAGGACACCCACGAGAAGAUCAUGUGUCGCCUCGGCAUGCUCCAUAAAAACGAUUCGCCAGCCGUGUCCGCCGUGAGCAGAAUACAUCUGGGGACGAAGCGUCGUUCUGCGUAUACGAAGAUGAGUGAUACGGGGAACCGUUCUGCCCUCCAGCGGAUCCACGAGUUUCGCCAGGUUGGUACCAUCGAUGAACACAAUGACAGCCAGACUGUUGUGGGGUGCCUCCGAGAAGCCCCGCCUUUCCUUGUCGCUACUGGCAGCCACGGCUACAAGACACUCGACUCGGAAAUCAAUGCCCUCUGGCCCCGCGGUCGCCCCCCCACGACGGAUCCUCUUGCUUCUUUCUGGCCCUCCUCCAAACCCGACGACAGCGCCGAUAGCAUCGGCGCGAUGCGCUUCGAGUACAUGAAGAAGCAGCUCGCUUAUCUCCAGAGCGCCGACCCUCGCUAA